GAUGCUUCAAGUUGUCACACUCACAUGUUUGAUAAACGGUUCAAAAUAUCGUGUGUUUUUGCUGCUUGGAGGCUUUCCAGAUAGGUUAUGAACUUUCCUGUMCUUUCUAACUUAUUGACUCAAGGCUAAACGUUGUUUUUGUGCAAAUUUACUUGAUUUGAAGACCACUAGUUGCAGCACAGGAAGCCCACAGUUUGUUUAGGUGGAAAUAUGUCAGGAAUGGGUUCUUUACCAACCGAAAUACUGGAGAAUAUAUUCUCUCAAGUUCCAUUCCUGGACUUAACAAAAAAUUGUGUUUGCGUCUGUAAAUUCUGGCACUCUAUAAUAAGCAACCCUAAGUUUUUGAUUUGGAAGAAGACAUAUCAUAAGCUCAUCAGUGGUCACAGAAUGACAUCACAGAAAAUGGAAGAGAUUCUCGCUGAUGAGCAGUUUCUAGACGAGCCCAAGAUGCUUCCUGUAAACCUCACCAAGUUUUUGAAAGAUUUCAGACCAAUUCGAAAUGGAUCAGGCUUAAUUGAUUCAUUAAUGAAUCAUUCAAAGUUUCAUUUGGUUAAAUCCUUUUUGAAAGCAUCCUCAAAAAAAAUUCAAAAGAGUCCUUGGUCGAUCCUAAGUCUACUUUGUCUUGUUUCCACAUCUGUCARUGAUGUUUCUGAUGUUAUAAAAUGUAUGCUGCAAGAAAAGAGCUGCCUCAGCUAUGAAAUCCUGGAAGCACUCUAUCUUCUAGCAUCCAUAUUUUGGAUUCUUAAGUCACAGAAUAGAAUCAAUUCCGGCCUUCACUACCGUAUCAAGUAUGCAUGCUAUCUGUACGAAAACAGUCGCGAUUAUCAGCCACUAACUGAUAACCACAGAUCAAAUGAGGACAUUCUUCAUCCUACAUACGAGCAAAAUGCUAUUAUCAAGCAUGAUAUUAGAGAAAGGGAAGUCAUCAAAAUCGUUGCCUUUGCAGGAACAGGAAAGACGACAACAUUGGUCAAAUUCACCGAACGCCAUCGUGAAAUGUCCUUUCUCAACGUGUGUUACAACAAGUCUAUACAGCAACAAGCAGAAAGGCUCUUCCCAGAGAACGUCGAGUGUCGUACAUGGCAUUCACUAGCAUACAGAGCAAUCGGCGAAAGAUAUAGAUCCCAGCUAACYGGGAACAUGAGAGUGCAAAAUAUAACCAAUUGUUURUCAAAAGACACRAASUUUCUGCACGCGCGACGAGUAAUGAAAGCUCUGUCAAGUUAUAUUUCAUCAUCAAGACAASAGAUYACCGUCAUUGAUGUCGAGGACUGUCCUCCAAUUGAAGAUCCMGAGAAAAAUCGAUACUACAAUAGUCAGGAGUAUAAAGAGAUUGUCGUUAAAGACGCAAAAACGUGUUGGAAGAAAAUGAUUGAUGUCGAUGAUAAGACUUUAUACAUGACACACGACGGAUAUUUGAAACUGUACCAGCUCUCGAAUCCAGUACUUGACGACAUGUAUSACUGUAUUCUAAUUGACGAGGCGCAGGACUGCACACCAGCAAAUGCAAGCAUACUCUUGAAUCAAAACUGUACAAAGAUCCUGGUCGGGGACCCUUAUCAACAGAUUUAUAGCUUUAGAGGAGCAAAGAACAUCAUGAAUGAAAUUCGCUGUACCACUACAUUCUACCUUACUCAGUCGUUUCGCUUUGGUUCCGAGAUUGGUUACGUUGCUAACAGUCUUCUAGAGUGCCUCAAGGAUGUUCAUCAUAAGACAUUGAUGGGUAAUCCCAAAUCAGGCAGUGUAAUGGGAAGUCGUUCUGGACAGCUAGCAAUCAUUUGCAGAACAAAUUUUUGCUUAUUUCAAGAAGCGGUUCGGGUUUGUCAAAAUGGAAAAAAUAAGAUUGCAUUUGCUGGGGGAAUAAAAGGCUACCAAUUAGACCGUGUUCUGGCUAUUUAUAAACUCUCAGUCGGAGAGUGGGUCAGUGACACUUUCCUCAGACAGUUUAAAUACAUCAAUGCCCUCAAAAAUUAUGCUCGCGAAGCAGCCGACAAAGAACUUAUGGGAAAGAUAAAGAUUGUCGAAUUCUAUGGAGCGGCUGUCCCCGGUCAUAUUAAAUCAAUUGAAAGUUUAGCUACAGAYUCAAUAGAGAGUGCAGAUAUAAUUUUCUCCACUGUCCACAAGGCAAAAGGAUUGGAAUUUGAUACCGUCAGAGUCGCCGAUGAUUUUUGUGUYGAUAACAGUGUAAAUGGAAUCCCAGUGGAAAAUCCUGAAGAUGAGAAGAACAUGCUGUAUGUUGCUGUAACGCGAGCCAAACGUCGGCUACAGAUCAACAAUGUCGUCAAGAACGUGCUGAAGAUGAAUAAGAAAAAGCAAACGCCUUGA